UCUCCCAUCAACUUACAAAUAAGUAAACAUUUAACGUUGAAUAGCAACCAUGUUUAGUGUAUCUAAUACUAUUGUUUUGUGCUUCCUCUCGAUACUCUUACUCUCUUCAGUUGCAAUAUCUCAAAAAUGCAACCCACAAGAUAAGAAAGUGUUGCUCCAAAUAAAGAAGGAGCUCAACAACUCUUCCCUUCUAGCCUCAUGGAACCCACACACAGAUUGUUGUCACUGGGAUUGGAUCGAUUGCCUCGGCACGACCAACCGUGUCAUGUGGCUUGUUUUCCAAGCCCCUGACGUCCCAGACACCAGAGCCAUAGGCCAUAUACCCCCUUCUAUUGGCGACCUUCCUUUUCUUGAGCGUUUCGAGUUCCAAAACUUUCCCAAAAUCAUAGGUCCAAUCCCAUCCACUUUUGCCAAGCUCAAAAAUCUCAAGUAUCUUACAAUUACUAAGACCAAUGUGUAUGGCCCAAUACCAUCUUUCUUGAGCCAACUAAAAAACCUCGAGACUGUUGACCUUUCCUCCAACAAGCUCACGGGCCAAAUACCAAGCUCACUUUCCCAUUUGCCUAACAUUAAACUCUUACACUUGGGAGAUAAUAAGCUCACUGGCCCGAUUCCAGACUCAUUCGGAUCGUUCAAGAAACCCAGCCCAGAGAUCUAUCUAUAUAGCAAUAAGCUUUCUGGGCCCAUUCCGACUUCAUUUGGCCAAUUAGAUCCAGAGAGGUUAGACUUAUCUAGAAACAGGCUUGUCGGUGAUGCUUCGAUACUUUUCGGAAGCAAGAAAAGGUUGGUGUAUCUUGACCUUUCGAGAAACUUGUUGUCGUUUGAUUUUUCGAAAGUGGAUUUUCCAAAAAAGAGUUUGGCAAUAUUGAAUCUAAAUCAUAAUAAUAUUUAUGGAAAGAUUCCAGCAAUAGUAACCAAAGUGGAAGAUUUUCGAGAGUUUAAUUUGAGUUAUAAUUUGUUGUGUGGUCAAAUACCUCAAGGUGGAUAUUUGCACACAAGGUUUGACGUAUUUUCUUUCUAUCACAACAAGUGUUUGUGUGGAUCACCACUUCCAAAAUGCAAGUGAUAAUGGAAGAGACUAGCCAAGUGAAAAAUGAAUCUCUUCUUUUAAUAAGAACUUUUAUUUCGGGUGCCAUUGGAUUCUCAUGUCCAAUAUUGAAUCGCCAAGAUGAAUUGCUAUUCCACUUUUUUGUCCAAUGUGUAAGUAUUGGAAUGAAAUUAGCAUGAUAGUAACUAACUACUCAUAUUUAUAUGAUUUAUGUAAUUUUGUUAUGUUAUGUUUAAUUUUGUUUUGAGUAUUUAAAUUUGUGAGGAAAUUUUAUGUUGUUGUUUGUUUAUUUAAAGUAAUGUCAUUUGCUGCCAAUUAAUUUAAAAUUUAAAAAGUUCCUUUAUCAU